GGCAGACCGUGCCUCGGGGCGGGGACUGAGCCCUGCCUGGGCGCCGACCGAACCGCGGCUGCCCCGAGCCCCGCGGGCGGCAGCGUUGCCCGGCGCCUGGCUGUGAGGCUUCCCGGAGCUGUGAGGGUUCCCGGCCGCGUUUCCUCCUUCCUUCCCUCGUCGCUGCGCAGGGGCGUCCUGGGACUGCUUAGAAACGACGGCAGGGGCUACGGCCGCUCGCUCGGAGUUUCCCGUCGGGGCAGGGCUCAGUGGGGCUGCCGCGAGAGCCCGGCUCCGCUCCGGCCGUGGGACGCGGUGCCGCACUCUCUGGUUUGUCCUGGGGGAGGUGCCGGCUGCUGCUCCUCGGCCGCUCGGCUUCGGGAGCCUGCCUGGGUUCGGUGGUGCCGCAGUGUUGGCGGAACGAAGCCGAGGGCAACUUCUGUGUCUGCAGGGAGAUAGUUAUGGCAGCUUCCUUCGCUGACGUUUUCGAAAUGCAGCCUUAUUUUGGUGAUAUGAUGAUAUCGGUAAUGCUAAUAGAGCCCUUCUACAGUAUUGCGCUUCUUUAAGUUGCAUAUAACUUUAUCAAAUUCUGUCCUUUGGGGGAGUGAGACUUUAAAUAUAUUUCCCCCUCAGUGUUCUUAAAAUAGACAAGGAAACUGAUUGGAGGAGUUCUUGAAGAAAUGUAUUCAUAGGUUAAGAUUAGGUCUCCUCUUUGAAUGCAGUUUUCACAUUUUCUGAUUUGAUGUCAGCAUUAGAAAUGGAAAAGUUUGGUGUGUUACAGCAGGAUAUUACCAAUACGUAUCUUUUGUUUCAGUCUACUUGGCCAAGUUACAUCUCUUGCCAUCUGUUUGCAUAUGCUUGGAAGGUCUGGAGCAUGGUUCUUCAGGAAUUGUGCUGAACUAGGUUUCCUCCAGCACAGCGCUGCUGUGUGGGAACAGGCUGAUACGGCGUUGAUCAGGUUCCUCAUGUUUGCAGUGGUCCCAGUGUUACGAUGAGUGGAAACCUAUUGUGAAUUAAGGAAGGUCAUGAACCACAAUAAACAAUACUUUGUCAGAAAAGCUGAAGAGAUACUGUCAGUGAACAGGCGAGAAUAUUGGUCUAGGAGCUGUGAAGAUGGAGAAUGUAAAAAGCAGGAAGAAAAGUUGGACAAGGAGACAAAGAUAGCUAGUAGAUGGGAGGAUGGGGGCUGGGCAAGAGAGGAAAGAAGGAGACAGAUGAAGAGUAAGUGCGUGGGGGAUGCAGUGUUUCCUUGCUGUGGGGAGCACAAGUAUAUAUUAAGAGCUGCAAAGAUGAAGUAGUGAAAGACUGAGUUUUACAACCAGUAGACAGGGAUGAGAAAGAUUCGGUACUGAGCGUAGUGAUGUAUGGCAAGCACUAAGUCAGAGAUGAAAAAAGCUUUAGAUGAGCUUGGUGGCUAGAGUGCUCCCAUCAAUGCCAAGAGCUUCGGGAUUUCAUUGUUGCUGUCAGCUGAAGUCUGUGAACUCCAUGGGAACUCUUCCCCUGUAAUACAGACAUGCAGCAAAAAUUACUUUUAUUUUGUGUCGCAGCCAGGAUGUGUGGUCUGCAGGUAGAUAUUAAUAGAAUGGUGCUGUUAUUUUUUUUUUAAUGUGUCUUGCUUUAAAAAAACAAAAGUGAUGUGCGCAAUCUAGAACCUAGUAGUACUUAAAAACAAAGGGAGGAACAAUGUGUUCGCUACAGUGGCUUUGUGUUCUCUGAUUUUUGUCUGGUAUCCUCUGUAUCAUAUGCAGCUUUCCUUUGUUAGCUAACUGUAAGAGAGCUGCUGAGCUCAGUCUAGAGUUUCAUUUAGAAAAGCAGAUCCGUGUAGAUUUUAAUACUUAGUGCUGAAGAGAAUACUUGUUAUCCUUCAAUGAGUUAGUUUACUGAUAGGUUUUCCUGUCACAGUUUUGUGACUUGUCUGUAGUUCAUUUCACAGUUCCAGUAUUUUGUCAUUGCGCCUAUAAUGCUUUCUACCCGCCACAUUGAAGUGCCCCCUUAUUAAAAGGUUCUUUCUUGUGCAGAUUCAAAUUAAUUAGAUCUUCUUUCUGGUAACUUAGCCAAAAAAAAAAAAAAAAGUACUUUUGUUAACAUUUUUCAGUUCUCUAAUUAUCCAUGUUAUUCUUUUCCAAGCUUACUCUCAUCUUUUGUCAACAUACUUGAACUUCUGACUCUCUGAAAAUGCAUACAGACCUUUAGUACCAGUCUUUAUGGUACUAACUAAAGAAGUCAGGUUAUUGCUCCUAUGCCGAGUAUGCCCUUAUCCCCAUUGGCCAUUGUGUUCCAGCUGGAAGUUCAUAUUUGGCAGUUAUCUGCCAUAAUAGUCAAGCCUUUCUGUUUCUUGGAAAUAGACUCUGGUGUCUUUCAUCCAUCACUUACAUUGUUCUUCCCUAAAUGUAUUACCCUACAUAAAACUAGAUAGAAUGUAUCAGCAGUUAGAGUGUUGUGUUACUGUCCUAGUGGCCCGUUCCUUUUGUUUUUGUUCUUCCAGUCUGUAUGCGUCAAGGCCUACUUCACAUGUGAUUUGCAUGAGUGGUGCUUGUAGUUCUCUGUAAUGCAUUCAAAAGCCUUAUGUAGCCUUUUAAGCUCAUUUUAAUAUAUCUUAUGCUUUUGUAUUGUUGUUAUAGAUGCAAGAUGCUUUCUGAUACCACAUCAAGUAUUUGACGCAAACUGUAGCUUAAUCAUUUAAAACAAUAUUUUCACUAAUGAUGCAAAAAACAAGUUCAUCAGAAAAGUUGUGGAGGUUUUCUACCCUCACUUAGUCCAUAUUAGCACCCUUACAGAAUUCUUUGAGGUGAUCCCAGAUCAGCUAUUCCAUUUCUUUUUGUGGCUUCACACCUACCUGAGGGCACUGUGUUCUCCCUCGUUCCUUCCUUUUUUCCUUUUUUUUUUUUUUCUUCGGAAAUAUUAUUUCAGUAUUAACAGUUUAUAAAAAGCAGUAAUGUUCCAGAAUAUCCUGAAAACUGAUACAAAUAAAUAGUCCAGAACGUUUGUUUAAGUCUUUUAAAAAUGUCUAAUAUUUGCAUUUCCUUCUUUGAAUGAAAUUCUUUGAGUGUUUUUUGUUUAGCACCUAACAUAGACAUAGUUUUCUGUUUUUUGUUCCCCCCCCCUCCCUCCCACAACGUAUCUCUUUCAUGUGGUUUACAGGCUGGAUCUGUUCAGGGGAUGUAUGAGUGGUGUGGCAGUGUGUGAUGAAAGACGGCAGUUGUUUGUACGACCUCUUCAAAUCCUUGAAGAAAGGAAGAUGUAUGAUGAAUGAAGAGAAGGUUGUGGGAAGAAGAAAAAAGGUGGUCUCAUGUUUGAGGCAGUUGAAUACCACCCUGCCAAAAUGAGUUUGAUGUCUGUGUUUGUUUUUAGGAUGCGCUUUUUACAAAUUCUUCUUGAACAGAUUAUUCUGCCCUAAAAUUGGGUGAAUGUUUGUAGUUAGAGAAGUAGACUUGAAGAACGCACGCAGAUGCAACUGGAAUCUGCUUUGAGCAGAUAGUUCCAACUUGGGAGAAUCUGUAGCAUUUUUAUCUUAGUUUUUCAUUCCAUUGGUGAAGGAAGCAGGCUAUUCCAUGGCAGUGUUGUGAGAAAGCAUUCUCAUGUCAUAAUAAUGAGCACCUUGAAAAGCUGAUUGCCAGGUUGGGUUUCAGAUUGGGUUUCGGAUAGUGGAUGUGAUGACUCUUACUGAACAAAAAGGAUAAAAUAAAACUUUCAGUCACUAGUCAGUUGUUUGGUAUGAGAAACAGCUUGUAUGAAAAUUCCAUGUGGUAACCAAAGCCUGAAUGUUAAAAUGCACAAAAAAUCUGACAAACCUGUACAUACAGGCUUAGUUAUUUCAACUUGUAACUUUUUGAGUCCUCUAUUUUGGACCUCUCGAGAUUUUUUUUCCAGGAGAUUUUUGUGGGCUAGCCAAGUUAUCAACAGAGUUCUGAGUAAAAUUGUCUGGCAGCUUCCUAGCCCUGAUAUUUUAGUGGCUUUCAAGUCCUUACUGUAAUUUAAAACUGAUUUUAGAUCGAGGAUUGGACACGCCCUUCCAUGCCUUUGCUUUAAGGUGUUAAUUGUAAAGCUCAAUUGUCUGAAAUACGUUAUGCUCCCAGCAGGUGUUCCUGUGGCAGAAAAAAUGUCCGUGUUACUUCUGUGCUGAACCUCCUCACAGAGGAACUCUGUAUCUUGUCUACUCUGAUCUCCUUCCUUCAUCAAACCAAAGCUGUCCCUUCGAUGACAAUAAUGAGCCAAAUAAUUAAAGGGAGAGGAGGAAUGUUUCUUGUUCCAGUUCUGUUCUUUUUGAUUAUUUGUGCGGCCCUUUCUUCAGUUUCCUUUAGUGACUGAAGUUAAGCAUAAAAAGUUUUCCAUCUCUUCAAAUACUGUCCUCCUUCUCUAAAACAUUUAAUGGUCUCUGAACUAUUUAGUGUCUGCUUCUGAGCAGAGAGAGCUAGACACUGAAGUGUUUUCCUCCAUGCCAAGAAAGGAAUAUAACUUCAGUUUGGGGGAAACUUUGGAUGCAAAGGAAUUAGAAAUGGGGAAAGGGAUGGAGGAAGAAUAAGAAGGAAGAAAACCGUGGUAUUUUGUGAUUGCAUGUGCGUGAAAACUCUUCUGAUGAGUUUGUGCUUGGUCAGACUCAAGGUACUGUGCUUGGCUCAGUAUUUGCUCUCUUACAGAGUUAGAAAUAUGCAGUGCAAGCUUUAAGGGAGAGAAAGGAAGGAUGACUAAUUCAGAUUUUCUAGAAGACGAGGUGUAAACACCAGGUUUUUCUUCAUGUUUAGAUGUUUCAAGAGAAUUGUAGGGCUUUUAGUAGGCAUCAAUGAAAUAUAUGUGUAGAGGAAAAUCGCGGUUUUCUGUGAGUUUUUUUGUGAGUCUCUGUGAAAAUGUCACGAUUGUAGGGACUUUAUAGUAAUGUCAGUGGAUGUCUUUAUUUACUUAGAAGACAUCAGAAUAAAGUUAUAGGUAGUGAUAUCACAAAAAUGUAUCUUUUAUGGCAACACAACUGAGGAAUGUACCUUUCUCCGACUGUCUAGUGCCUGAAUUUACUAUGAACUGAACUCUCUACUCGCUUCCCUGUGAUCUCCUGCUAAGGAUAUGUCUGCCUACUUGCUCAGGUAGCUAAGGUGAAUGCAAGGGUCACGUCUGUGGGUGCAUUCCUUAGGAAAUCAAAUGGUGCCUUCUCUGCUGGUUCCAGCCGUCGUUGCCCACCACAUAUUUUCCCAUCUGGACAGAUGAGGCUGUUGCUUUAUUUUCCUUGCUGAAUGUAAACUUUUAUCAUUCCAUUUGGGAGGCGUGCCCCAGAAUGGAAGAAAAUUCAAAUUUUCAUUAUAGUUGAGUUAGUGAAUAAAUGUCAGUGUAAAAUGAUGGUAAGGGACAAUUAAAAAAAAAAAAAAGUUUCCAGCUUCUCCCACCCUAGACCUCUAAGUUUCAAGAUUCUGCAAACAUUCGGUCUAAAUUAGGUCUAAACACUUGGGAGAGUCACCAGCUGAGAGCUAGUAGCCCUGGUGAGCUCAAGACGUAGAAGGAUGUCGGAGGUCUGUCUGCUCUGAUGGCUGCUUGACAUUGAUCCCAUUGUCUUGGAGGCCACCAGUCAGGACCUGUUCCAGGAGUAGGCAUUGAGACAUAGCUGCUUCACUGAGGAGGAUGAUGGAGACUGCACACUUAGAUGGAGUCCUCAGCUGGUAUUGAGAAUCUGCCUUUUGAACUGCAGAGAAACUUCCAGCUCAUGCGAGAUCUGGAUCAGAGAACAGAAGACCUCAAGUCGGAGAUCGAUAAGUUGGCCACGGAGUAUAUCAGCAAUGCACGGACUUUGUCGUCGGAGGAAAAACUGGGGCUUCUCAAGCAAAUCCAGGAGGCCUACGGGAAAUGCAAAGAAUUUGGGGAUGACAAGGUUCAGCUGGCUAUGCAGACCUAUGAGAUGGUCGAUAAGCAUAUCCGGCGGCUGGACACAGAUCUUGCUCGCUUUGAAGCAGACCUGAAGGAGAAGCAGAUAGAAUCGAGUGACUAUGACAGUUCUUCCAGCAAGGGCAAGAAGAAGGGCCGAGCCCAAAAAGAGAAGAAAGCUGCACGUGCACGCUCUAAAGGGAAGAAUUCUGAUGAGGAGGCACCAAAGACUGCCCAAAAGAAACUAAAGCUUGUCCGCACUAGCACAGAAUAUGGGAUGCCUUCGGUCACAUUUGGAAAUGUGCACCCUUCAGAUGUAUUGGAUAUGCCUGUGGACCCCAACGAGCCUACUUACUGCCUCUGCCACCAGGUCUCCUACGGGGAGAUGAUUGGCUGUGACAACCCUGAUUGCUCCAUCGAAUGGUUUCAUUUUGCCUGUGUGGGUCUGACAACAAAACCAAGAGGAAAAUGGUUCUGCCCUCGCUGUUCCCAAGAGAGGAAGAAGAAGUAAAAUCCCAUGAGCCUUGAAUACUGCUGCAGGAGCUCUCUUCCCCCUGCCAGGGCCUCGUCCCAGCUCCCCCAGCCCUUGGGACCUUGGCUAGGGGGAGUCUUGCCCUGUUUGUGGUUUGGGCCAUCCCUGGAAUGGUGUGUACCCUCACGGCAGUUCCAGCGUGUUCUGUAUCCCUGGUUGCUUCCGAAUCCCUAAGGGAGGCCCCUCUCUGUGUACCAUUCCAAACAGGUCUCUGAACCUCAAAGGGAGUGAAUGAGGGCACCAGGGUAGCCACCAGAUUCCCAGGGAUUCCAGGUAGCCCCUGAUUUUCCUUGGCUUUCCUUCAGCCUCCUCAGAGUUCAUUGCCUACUCUCUGCUUAGAGAACAAGGCUAUGAGAUGGGGGAAGGAAAGGAGGUAAGUCUUCAGCAUUUUAGGUCUUCUAUUUUCCUGGAUCUUUUUCAGGAGAGAGGGAGUAACCAGGCCACUGCUUAAUCUAGUAGCUUGGUUAAGAAACUGAAAACCUAGUGUACUCCCUAUCUUUAAUCAUUCCGCUACUUUGUCUGGCAUUGAGCAGCCUCUUUUGUUGGGGCGAGGAGGAAGAAGGAGUGUUUAGAGCUAGAUUUAUCUCUUACUCCUGGGCUAAACCUGCUGGCCUGGGAAGCACAUAGUAUGAAGGAAGAAGAAUUUCUGGCCAUGUGGUGAGAAAUGGUUUCAUCUAGCCUGUCUUCGGGCUCCAGAAUUCUCCCUCCCUUUAGUACAGUGGGGCUUCUCCAUUAUGUUGAUGAUGGAAAGUUUGGGGAUCCAAAUCCCACUUGUAUAAUACAGAAUUGAAUAAAGUUCAUUCAAGCAAAGG